AUGCGCGCCACGACCUUUCUCGCGCUCGCCGCGUCCGCCGUCCUCUCCGCCUCUCCCGCACUCGCACAGCUCGCCACCCUCCGCGGCACCAUCCCAGGCUCCCUGCACCAGUGCGAGUCGACCAACGUCUUCUUCUUCCAGUCCGGCGGCAUCCGCCCUCUCACCCUCGUCCUCCUCCCCGAGGCCGUCGCCGCCCAGGCCGGAGCCAACCCGACCCUCGACCAGGUCAAGGCUCUCGGUCCGCUCCAGGUCGUCGAGGGCAUCACGACGCCUGACGCGCAGCAGUCCAACUUCGUCCUCGCCAUUGCUGCCGGCGAGUCGUUCGAGUCCUUCGCCUUCCUUCCCGACGGCACCGGCAAGAACCUCAACCUCGCCCGCACCGUCCAGACCGCCCUCCCGAACACGCCCGCUUGCAAUGCCGCGACUGCCGCGAGCGCAAAGGCUGCUGUUGCCGCUCCUCCUGCUCCCUCGAGCUCGACUCCUGCCGCCGCCGCGAUGACCACGACCAAGAAGGCCAAGGCCGUAACAACCUCCGCCGCCGCCCUCGCCGCCGCAACCACUUCGAGCGCCUCGCUCGCCAGCAUCGGCCGCGCUUCCUCCUCGUCCUCUUCCUCCUCGUCGUCCGCCUCGGCUGCCAGCACCAGCUCGACCCCUACCUCUGGCGCGGGAAAGCUCUCCGCUGGAUUCGCCGGUGUCGCGAUCGUUGGGUUGGUCGCUGCGUUCGCGGCUUGA